GAUGACGUCACGAGCAAUCGACACACACACGAGGGAAGGCAGCUAAUGAACUCUGUCUUCUCAACAUUUAAAGCAUGGGGAAGCAGAAAACCAAGAAGUUUGCUGCCAUGAAGAGGAUGAUCAAUUUAAAAGAUAAUCGACUCAAAGAGAAAGAUCGUGCCAAAGCAAUAGAGAAAAAGAAGAAAAAUCCCUCAGACCUUAAGGAGAGAGAAGUGGCAAAGUACCCGUCAUGUCUGUUCUUCCAGUACAAUACUCAGCUUGGUCCACCGUACCACAUUCUAGUCGAUACCAAUUUCAUCAACUUCUCUAUCAAGGCGAAACUGGACAUUGUUCAGUCUAUGAUGGAUUGCCUGUAUGCCAAAUGUAUCCCAUACAUAACAGACUGUGUAAUGGCUGAAAUUGAAAAACUUGGCAUGAAAUACAGAGUUGCACUCAGGAUAGCUAAGGAUCCAAGGUUUGAGCGCCUGCCUUGCACACAUAAGGGAACAUAUGCUGAUGACUGUUUGGUCCAAAGGGUAACACAGCACAAGUGUUACAUCCUGGCUACUGUGGACAGAGAUCUAAAGAGAAGAGUCAGGAAGAUCCCUGGAGUGCCCAUCAUGUACAUCUCAAACCACAGGUACAACAUUGAACGGAUGCCAGAUGACUACGGUGCGCCAAGAUUUUAAUAUUUCUACAACUGAGCUGGAGCUGUAAAUAGACUGAAAUUUCCUGUUAAUUUUUUUUUCUUAUGAUGUUUAUUCAAGAUAUUGAGUUUUGUUGUUCUUAUAACAUUUUUGUUAUUGGAAGUGAAUAAAUGACUUGUUGC